UGCUGCGGCUGCUCAGGCUCACAACUUAGAAGUUCGAGGUGGAGUCAACCAACUCGCUGUCUGUUACAAUGAAAAUGCAUGGCAUAGACCGAGACCGACAUUUUAUGCAUCUUCAUUGUCUGUGGAUUGUCGGCUGUGUUGCCUCCUCCUCCCUGCCCUCCGUCCCUGUCUCCAUCUCUUCCCCUGUUGGAAGCCAAGCCAUCCUUCCCUGCAAAUGGAGGUCCCAGCUAGACGACGUCCCAGUUUGCCACAUCCAAUGGCAGACACCCGAUGAGCCCGUGUUUGAGCAGAAGGGAGAGCAACAGUGGCAGGCCAGCGAGUUUGAGGGGCGGGUGGAGGUACCUAAGGAAAAGCUUUGGGAGGGCGACUGCUCUCUAAUCUUGCGCGACGUGCAGUUUGGGGACGUGGGGCUUUACGAGAGCUUCAUGGUGGUUGACGGGGAAAGGAUGAAAAGGCGGGUGUUCAUCCAGAGUGUCCAGCUCUCAGUCUAUGACCAUAAGUCCAAGCUGUCCUUGGGCAUUGGUGAAGACCUGGUCCUGAAGCUCCACACUCCCCAGGCCAUGAGAGUGGUCUUCCAAGGGAGGAACAGCACAGAGUGGAAGGUCCUGUGGAUUAGGGGUGACAAGAAGCUCAACAGAGGUCAUCUUGAGGAGGCUGAAGGGGUGGUGGUCCUCAGAGGGUUAAGGAUGGACAACUCUGGGACAUUUAAGGUGCUGGAUUCCCAUGGGCUGUCGGUGAGCACUGUGAAACUCACAGUGGAAGAAGUUGCUAAAACUCUAAAGCUUCCCCAGAUCCAGGACAAACCUGUAGGUAAAUCGACUGUUUACAGGUCCUCCUCUCUGCUUCUUGUAUUUGUCCUGCUGAUCAGUCCCCUGAUUCAACAUCUCCUCUAACAAGGUUUAAACCUUUUGGGCUGGUUUCCCAGAACCAAAUAAACAUACCCCUGUACUAAAAAGCACUUUCAAUUACUAAAAAGCACUUUCAUCCAUUGAAAGUGCUUUUUGGUCUACAGGCAUAUCAGAACCUCAAAUACAUGCUUGUUUUACUCCAAUGUUAGUAAAGAAUGUAAAUGUAAAUACACUUUAUAGCCUCAAAACAUGGUUAAAACUG